AUGUCGUUCUCGGCCUCUGUUGGCGAAUUUUCUUGUCAGGCUGAGGAUUGCGAGCACUUCUUCGGGCUCUCAUCCGAAGAUGAGAGUGCGUUUGAGGCUAUUUGCGCUUGCUCCAGAGGCCCCUGUGGCGGAAGGAGUGGCGACCUUCCCCUCUCGCAUUUCUUGAGUGCUGCUGCUGAGGGCGUUGACGAGGGAGGCCAAGCCCCACAACAGACGGAACGCUCUCCGGGGAAGUCGAACAAGGCGUUCCCGUCUUCGCGUGAAGUUUGCAUGUGGGUGGUCGACGCGGACAAGGCGCUUCUGUUUCAGCGGGAGGAGAUUCCAGCUGACACCAGCAGCUCCCUUGCCAGGGAUCCCGCCGGGGGAAGCCUCAAGGGCCCUUCCACUGCGGGAAGGACGCCGCAUGGGCGUUCUUACUUUUGGAAGCUGAUGCAUGCCGCGACCUCCUACGUCCGCUCACGCCUCUGCAGCAAGGAACCCUUGCUCUUUGGCGUUUUGCUGUUCAACGCGUACGCUAGAACUGAGGGGGGGCCCCUCCCUGGAGAGAGCAGUGGCCAGAAGGGCCCCGCAGACUCGGUGAGGGAGGGCCUGCAUGCAAAGGGAACGCCGCGUCGGAGGCUGCCUCUUCUGCCUCUCCUCAUGCCGGGAAUCGCCGUAGCGCUGCCCCUUCAGGAGGCGACCAUCAGCACGAUAGAGGAUCUGGGACUGCUUGCAAGUCUGGAUAGAGAGCAGUUCGAGGAGGCCUUUGCGGAGCCACCCCAGAGGCCCCCCUUUACAGACCUCUGGUGGAGUCUGGGGUACAUGCUGGCUGGCGUGCAGCAGCGGCAGAAGCGCCGUGAGGCGUUCCUGCAGCGGGUGUUCCUUUUCACGAACAAUCCCGAUCCCUGCAGCAGCACAAGCAGGGGCGGCGACUGCAGGGGCGAGGAGGAGGAGGAGAGGCGCGCAUGCAUGCAAAGAUUAAAGGAUCUCCAGUCGCAGCAGGCCCAGUUUGUGCUGUUUCCUCUGGAACACCACGAAGGCAGUUUUGACGCCAGUCUUUUUUGGGACGAGGCCCUUGGGCAGGAUGCCACGGAGGCGCCAUACUUUCUCCUUCUCAAUACCGUUCAGCAGAGCAUCGAGUACUUCGAAACCCCAACCCCUGAUCUCGCGUUCUGGCGAUAA